GCCAUAAUUAUAGCCGAAAAUCAAAUGACUGAAGCAAAUUGUUCAUCUCCUAGUCCGUCCACAAGUGAAAAUCUGCAAGAAAAGUGCCAAAAUGAAACGAUACUUAAAGAUUCCAACAAAAAAAUAUGCAAAAAGAAAACAAAAAAAAUGCCCGCAAAGAUUGAAGACACCCGAUAUUGUGGACCGCCAUUUUCGAAAGAAGUUUAUAAUCUCUUUGUGAGCUCAAUAAAAUACGGUGAACCAGCUUAUCCCACCACAAAAGAACUUCGGAAGCUAGAUUUUUUUACAACAAAAGGAACUCGGCAUCGGAAAAGGUUUAAGGAACUUUUGAAGCGCUUUGAGUUGCAUAUCGUGCAAGGUUCGCUCGUUCUGAGCUCGAAUUUGGAAGAAGAUGUUCUUGUGGUCAAACGGUCCGGGAAAAUUAUUAUUCCCAAAGAGGAUUUGGAGAAGAUCAUUCGUAGAGCACACUUGUGGGGAAAUAACGGAGCGAAUGGCGAGAAUGUGGACGAAAGAAAGUGUAAACAUUAUAACGUUGGACGCACAAUAACAGUGCUGGGGAAAGAUUUCACCAUCAAAAGACGAGAAUUCGGAGUCACCAGAGAGGUUGUUCAAAAGGUCAUUGCACAAUGCAUGACCUGCAAUAAAGGUCGUCUUCUGGCUAAUAAUGAGAUAAGACUUAAACAAUUGAAUAAUGUUGACGAGAAUAUGGUGAGGAUGGGAUAUUCAUCUGCAGAGAUAGGUUCAUCACAAGUAUCAUCACAAAGAAAUAAUGAAAAAUCAGAACUUGAAAAAGCAAGAUUUCCGUCAAUGGUUGCUCAUGUUCCUGAUAAAACAUGUAUUUGGUAUGAUAGAAAAUCUAUUGCGGAGACAUCAAACAGUUUUCAAAAACUUAAAAUGGUGGUUGGUGAGAUGCAAGGUGAAAUAUCGCUUGUGGUCAAGGGUGAUGCAGAAGCCAAACAAAGACUAGAAGCAAAGCUCUACUGUGCCCAACUUUUGAUCAAAGACCAUUGCAAGAGCAUCCAGAAAUUGCUAGUUCUUGAAAAUUCACCAAAGGUGUUUAGAACGGAGCUUGGUGUUCUUGAAAUGGAGUAUAAAGAGGCAGGUCAGAGCAGUAAUUUUAGUUCUGAUAUAGAGAAUGUGUUGGAACAUGUUAAAGCCAAGAAGUUGAUUGUAUCUCCGGUGAUUACACGAGAACUUGAGGAUAUUGUCACGCUUCAAAAUGGCAGAAAAAAAACUAAAGAGGCCGCUUGUGGUAAUAGAUAUGAGAGUUUGCAAGGCUUGACCAAGGAGAGCUCAACUGUAAAUGAAAGUCACAAUUUUUAAUGUGCCAUUUUUUUGUAAGGUUCAUAUUUUUAAGGGUGGUUUUAGGGUAAAAUUGCUGAAGUAUGACUAGAUGUCAUGUGUGUGACAGGUAUGUACACUAGUACAUAUCAGAAAUGGUUGUCUGUAGAGGGCGAAAAAAACUAGCAUUUUCACAAAGUGGAAGGUAGAUCUUAUCAGUUCAGAAAUUGCCACAUCAUUACACAUGCCACCCUCCCUC